AUGGGGGUGGUGGUGGAUGCAGCGAUAGGAUGGCUGGUGCAAAGCAUCCUGGGGAACUGCUUCACUGAAAAGUUGGAGGCAUGGACUUGCACGGUUGGGCUCGCUGAUGAUGUGGAGAAGCUCAAGUCAGCCAUGAGGUAUGUCCAGAUGGUGCUUGAUGCUGCCAAGGGGAGGAAGAUCAAGAGUGAGCCGCUGGAGAAUUCUCUAGGUGAUCUCAAGGAGCUUCUGUACGAUGCUGAGGAUGUGAUGGAUGAGCUCGAUUACUACCGCCUCCAGGAAAAUAUCACAAAUCGAAAUACUGGGGGUCAUACAGAUGCUGCUGCACGCAUUGACGGAACUUCAUCGACAUGGUCAUUAAGUUCCAUUCAGCAACUUGGAAGCACAUUAAUUAGCAAUUUUGGCAACUUCAUCUUCAAGGGCAACUUGACAGGAAAACGGAAAAGAGAAGAUGACCGCAACAUUGCCGUCAGCACACACCUUGGCAACAAUUGUGAGUUUUCUUGUAGGAUAAAGCACAUCGCUGGUAAACUAAGAGAUGUUGGUCAUGAUGUCAGUGACGCUUUGAAAAUGGAUGGAUCAAACUUAGUUGGAUCUCAGAGUAUGUAUCGGAGUACACCACAGGCCACACGCCUAACAACGUCCUAUCUUGUUGAACAUAAAGUGUAUGGAAGGGAUGCAGAGAAGGAAUACAUCCUAAAGCUGAUGACAAGCAAGGGAUCCAAUGGCUUAACAGUGCUACCGAUUGUAGGUAUUGGAGGGGUAGGGAAGACAACUCUGGCCCAGUUUGUUUACAAUGAUCCGAUAGUUAGAAGACAAUUUGAGAUCAAGAUAUGGGUUUGUGUCUCUGAUAACUUUGAUGUAAUUAGGUUGACAAGGGAGAUGUUAGACUGUGUCUCUAAACAAAGGCUAGCAGAAACAGGCAACUUGAACAAGCUCCAGGAGGAUCUAGAGAAACAUAUGCAGUCUAAGAGAUUCCUAAUUGUCUUGGAUGAUGUCUGGGAUGACAUGAACAGUCACUGUUGGGAUCAGCUAUUAGCUCCAGUAAAACAUAAUCAGGCAAUGGGUAAUAUGAUACUAGUGACAACUCGAAAGUUGUCUGUUGCAAAAAUGACCCAAACAAUUGAACCAGUCAAGUUAGGUGCUUUGGAAGGGGGUGACUUCUGGCAAUUUUUUCAAUCAUGUGCAUUUGAUGAUGAGAGAUAUGUACAUCCAAGUCUGUAUGCUAUUGGGAAGCAAAUAGCUCAAAAGUUGAGGGGGAACCCAUUAGCAGCAAAAACAGUAGGUGCGUUAUUAAGAAGAAAUAUUAACGUUGAUGAGUGGACUAACAUUCUAAACAAUGAAGAAUGGAAAUGUAUACAGGCCACCGAAGGUAUUAUACCUGCUUUGAAGCUCAGUUAUGAUUACCUACCUGACCACCUGCAACAAUGCUUUAGGUAUUGUUGCCUGUUCCCCAAGGAUUAUCGCUUCAAUGGAGGAGAGUUAGUAAGAAUUUGGAUAUCACAAGGAUUUGUGCAUGUUAGCCAUACUACUAAAAACCUAGAGGAUAUAGGAAAGGUGUAUUUAGUUGAUUUGGUGAACUCAGGCUUCUUCCAACAAGUUGAAAGGUACUUGUAUCCAGUGAACUCAGGCUUCUUUCAGCAAAACAAAAGGGACUGGCAUUCAUCAAAUUUUGUAAUGCAUGAUCUUAUGCAUGAUUUAGCACGAAAGGUUUCAAGAGGUGAACAUGCCACUAUAGAUGGCUCGAAAUGUGAAGAAUUCUUGCCAACUAUGCGCCAUUUGUUAAUAGUAACUGAUUCUGCAUACUUUGGAAAACGUCGACAGGGCAAUGCAUUUUCUUGUGAGAAUUUUGGGAAGCAGUUGCAAGUCGCAUCAGUGAGAAAGCUAAGAUCCUUGGUAUUAAUUGGAUAUUACGACCCUCACUUUUUCAAAUACUUUCAGAAUAUAUUCAAAGAACUGAUUAGUUUACGUUUAUUGCAAAUCUCUGCAACUUAUGCUGAUUUUAGCAGUUUCAUCAACAAUUUAGUCAGUUGCACACAUAUUCGUUAUAUGAAGGUGCACUUUUAUGAACAGCGGGUUGGCACUCUUCCUCGAGCUUUGACCAAUUUUUUCCAUCUUCAAGUAUUAGAUGUUGGCUUUUUGGGACAUCUGACUCUGCCUAGUGGUAUGAGUAACCUUGUCAGCUUGCAGCAUCUUGUUGCUGCAGAGGAAGUGCACUAUACCAUUGCUGAUAUUGGCAAUAUGACCUCUCUUCAGGAGCUUCCGAAAUACAAGGUUCGAAAUACUAGUGGAUUUGAUAUAAAGCAGCUUAAAUCCAUGAGCCAGCUUGUACACCUUGGGAUUUAUCAACUUGAAAAUGUCAGGAACAAACAAGAGGCUAGUGAAGCAAGACUAAUAGAUAAAGGGCUCCUAAAAGAUUUGCACUUGUCAUGGGAUGUUGGUAGCACUAACUCUGAAAUUUCGGCAAUGACAGCAACUGAGGUUCUUGAGGGGCUUGAACCAAAUCAAAACCUUAAGAACCUCCAAAUAACUGGCUAUAGUGGCUCCAUCUCUCCAAGUUGGCUUGCCACUGACCUCUUAUUUACAUCCUUGCAGUUGCUUCAUCUAGAGAAUUGCAAGAAAUGGAGAGUACUUCCUUCUCUUGAAAAGCUUCCAUCCCUUAAGAAGCUUAAAUUGAUUAAUAUCUGUGAUGUUGUGGAAGUACGAAUUCCUUGUUUAGAGGAGUUGGUUCUGACUGAAUUGCCAAGCUUAGAAAAGUGUGUUGCCACUUAUAGGAGGGGAUUGAAUUUUCAUCUGCAGGUACUGAUCAUGGAGAACUGCCCUAAACUUAGUGACUUCACACCUUUUCAAAUUCAGAACUUCCGUUCUUUUGGCAUUGAACAGAAGUCUUGGAUGCCAAGCCUGGCUGGCACUAGUGCAGAUAAAGUUGAAUCCAAUAAAGUUACUCACUUGUUAUGCACGAGUUAGUGUGCAUUUAUUUGUCUCCUGGCGUAUUUGGAAAGAGCGAAAUAAUCGAGUAUUCACCAGAGAUCCUCAACAACAGACGCCGCAACAGCUAGCAGCAGCAGUCGCGGAUGAGGCGGCGAUCUGGUUCAUGGCUGGGCACAUUGCCUAUAUAGUGUAGGAUGGCAUUUUGAUAGUUCGUGACGCUAUGGCGUUGGUGGUUUAAUGUCUAG